UCCAGGCUGGCUGGUGGCAGACGGAGCGAGGGAGCCUAACGCCGGACAGACGCCCUGACCCCCAGGACAAGGACCCCCCAACCCCGCUAACGCCAUGGACUACGUCAGCGCCCUGGCCCCCUCCUCCCUGCUGCAGUCGGUGUCCAGCGCCGGCUCAGAGCUGACCCGUCGGGUCUGCCCCGUGCUCCCACGCCCCUUCCGCUGCGACCACCGGCACAGGGGCCGCGCCGGGCGGGUGGCCGGGACCCGGCGGGAGCUGCUGGGCAAGGCGAUGGAGGCGCUGCUGGUGGCGGGGAUGGCGGGGCUGGUGCUGGAGGAGGACGGGACGGCGGUGGAGAGCGAAGCCUUUUUCCAGACGCUGCCCCCUGACACGGCCCUGAUGCUGCUGGGCCGCGGACAGAGCUGGAGCCCCCCACGGGGAGGGGCCCAGGCCUAUGGGCGGAGCCGGGAGCGGCCGCGCCAGGGGCAGGACAUCGCCCGCAUCACCUUCGACGUCUACAAGCUGGGCCCCCGCGACCUCUUCGGGAGCCUCAACGUGAAGGCCACGUUCUACGGCCUCUACUCCAUGAGCUGCGACUUCAAGUGCCUGGGCCCCAAGAAGGUGCUGAGGGAGGUGCUGCGAGUGGUCUCGGCUGUGAUGCAGGGAAUGGGGCAGCUGCUGCUAGGAGCCUCCAGUUACAUCCGGCGCCUCCUGGAGGGGGUGGAGACCUGGCACCAGCCUGCCCAGCUCAGCCACUAUGAAGACUGAGGCCCUGGGCCUGGCCCCAUCCCU